AGUCCACGGCCUUUUUUUUAUCUAUAUUACCACCCAUAUGCAGAACAUCCAAGAACGAACAAGCGAGGCCUAGGCUGAAUCUUCAAGCUCUGUUUGGUUACGCCAAUAUAUUUUUCCAUUUCUGGAAUUUGACAUGCUGCCGGAGGACUGCGUUUCUACGAUUCUCUCGCUCACCUCGCCGCCCGAUGCGUCGAGGUCGGCCCUGGUGUCCGCCGCCUUCCGAUCGGCGGCGGAUUCCGACGUGGUCUGGGAGAGAUUUCUGCCGCCCGAUUACCGGAAGAUCGUUGCAGCAUCAGUGACUCCCAUGGAGUUCUCUUCCAAGAAGGAGCUGUUUUUUCGUCUCUGCAACCCAGCUUUCAUUGAUGGCGGCAACAAGAUGGUCAAACUGGACAAACUAUCCGGCAAGAAAUAUUAUAUGCUAUCUGCCAGGGAGCUUUCAAUUUCACAGAGCAAUGAGCCAUCAAGUUGGAGCUGGAAAUCCAUGCCUGAAUCAAGGUUUGAAAGUGUGGCCGUGCUAAUAACAGCGAGCAGGAUAGAGAUCAAGAGCAGCAUAAGAACGCGAAUUUUGUCGCCGAACACGAACUACGGAGCGUACCUUAUAGUAAAAAUCUCCGAAACAUCUUAUGGACUCGAUUCGAUACCGUCGGAGAUCUCCAUCCAAGCAGGUAGUUCUCAAUCUUACGGCACCGCCUUCCUGUCUCGCCCUAGCAAGAACAAAUUGCAGAUGGAGAGCCUGUUUUACUCUAACAGGAUGCAUAUGCUGAGGCAGAGAGUGGAGAGAGGAGACGAGAAAGCGCCGCGCGAGAGAGACGACGGAUGGACGGAGAUUGAGCUCGGAGAGUUCUUCAGUGGCGAGGGCGACGACGAAGUGAAGACGAGUUUGAGGGAAGUGAAGGGCGGCCAUUUGAAGGGAGGUUUUAUUGUUGAAGGCAUUGAGCUGCGGCCGAAAUCCGGGUGAAGGGAAGGACGGUUCCAGGAUUUUUUCCUUUUUUAUUAUAUUUUUUUAUUUUUUACUAAUGUACGUAAAAGAAAACUCGUGUAAGAUGAUCUGAUCAGGAGCUUGUUUGGCGGUGUUGAAGGAGAAAAGUAAUAUUUUUGGUAACAAAAUGUUUUUAUGCAUGUCUU